AUGAUGACUACUGUGAUGACGACGACUGCGCUGCGCCGUGAAGUGUGCGCCCUGUUGUCCCUCGCGCUGUUGUGCUGCUGCGCUUCCAUUUUCGUGACGGCUGCGGCUGCGACGGGGGCUGCUGUACAAUCAACUGAGUUGUAUUCCGGAGCGUCUGCCGUGAAAGUGUCGGUGGAGAUCUCGUGUGCGGACAGUAACAAUAUGUUGCAAUGGCGCUUCCCUGGCCAGUCAGAAUGGAAUAAGUGUUCAAGCUCACUGGGUGCUCAUGACUACACUGUUGUCGCGAGCAGUGGUGAUGAGGACACCGGAGAAUACACUGUGGAUACACCAUAUGAUGCAUCUUACACUGAUGAUGCUGAAUAUGUUGAAGUUGUUCUUUUGGAUUCUACAAGUGGGGCUUCUAGUCGUGUUGAUGAGUCACCCUGCCUCUCGGCCGAACAGAUGUACUUUGCUGCAAAAUGUAAUGAAUCCUGCAAGUCCGCCGGAGAGGAUAAAACCGCGUUUACAAUGGAAUAUUCGACGACUAACGCCAGUGGUGUGUACAAGAAGUGGCCGGAAAAGAAAACAGAAACUGAUGCUGCUGUGGGUAGCACCUCAGGCGUCUGUCAGUUAAAGACUUCUGUUGAAAAGGCACCUGAGGGCGUCAACAGUGGAACUCCAGUGGCCGCUGCAGCGGCGUCGACAGCACAAGUGACAGGAGUGGAGGCACCCGCAGCGGGGCAGGCGGCAGGCAGUUCGAGUUCAGCUGCGAGUGGGACCUCAUCAUCGGCACAGACUAUUGAGCAGGGGAUAUCCCCAGCGGACCCAAAAGCCGGUAACACUUCGCAGCUGCCAACAGGCGAAGGGGUUGGCAGAACGGAUGCAUCCGGGACGACGCAAACACCCUCAGCCACUCCCGCCAGCGGCAAUGGUGAGUCCUCCGGUGCAGCCACGGCCGGUGCUGCCUCACAGUCCGGCAAACCGACAUAUACGAAGGAGGCCAACAACAGUGCCACCACUGGAGCGCAGGGUCCCGGCACGUCGGACAGCAGCGCCAUCGCCACUGCGUGGGUGCACACACCACUGCUGCUGCUGCUGACCGCCCUUGCAUGUGCCGCUGGGCAGCGGUGCGGAGCAGCCACACACGAAUGA